CUUAAUUCAGGCAGCAACAUGGGGCCUAGCUACCGCUAUCCUCUCUUCCUCUGCCUCGUGCUGUGCGGGGGCACGGAGCUGUGCUGUGCCCUGCCUCAGUGGCUCUUGCCCGGUGGAACUGCGAACCCAGUGACGCCUCCAUCAUCCGUGGAGGUGGAGUGUCUGGAAGCUGAGCUCGUGGUGACCGUCAAUAGAGACCUUUUUGGCACCGGGAAGCUCGUAGAGCCUGGGCACCUCACCCUUGGCUCAGAAAGCUGUCAGCCUCUGGUUUCCGUGGAUACCGAUGUGGUCAGGUUCAAGGCCCAGUUGCACGAAUGCAGCAGCAGGGUGCAGGUGACAGAAGAUGCCCUGGUCUACAAAACCAUCCUGAUGCACGAUCCCCGCCCUGUGGGCGGCCUGUCCAUCCUGAGGACUAACCAAGCGGAGGUGCCCAUUGAAUGCCGCUACCCCAGGCAGGGCAAUGUGAGCAGUCACGCUAUCUGGCCUACCUGGGUUCCCUUCAGCGCCACUGUGUCCUCAGAGGAGAAGCUGGCUUUCUCUCUCCGCCUGAUGGAGGAGAACUGGAACACUGAGAAAUCAUCCCCCACCUUCCACCUGGGGGAGGUAGCCCACCUCCAGGCAGAAGUCCAGACUGGAAGCCACCCGCCAUUGCAGCUGUUUGUGGACCACUGUGUGGCCACACCUUCGCCGGACCAGAAUGGCUCUCCCUCUCACACCAUUGUGGACUUCCAUGGCUGCCUUGUGGAUGGGCUGUCUGAAAGCUUUUCUGCAUUUCAAGCCCCUCGACCCCGUCCGGAGACUCUCCAGUUCACGGUGGAUGUAUUCCAUUUUACCAACAGCUCUAGGAAUAUGAUCUACAUCACCUGCCAUCUUAAAGUCACUCCAGCCAACCAGACCCCAGAUAAGCUCAACAAAGCUUGCUCCUUCAACAGGACUUCCAAGAGCUGGCUGCCAGUAGAGGGCGAUGCUGACGUCUGUGACUGCUGCACCAAGGGCGACUGUAGCAGUUCCAGAUAUUCGAGGCCCCGGGCCCACGCAGUGGCUCCUAGAAACCGCAGGCAUGUGACAGAUGAAGCUGAUGUCACUGUAGGGCCCCUGAUCUUCCUGGGAAAGGCAAGCGACCAGGCUGUGGAGGGCUGGACCUCUUCUGCUCAAACCUCUGUGGCUCUUGGCUUAGGCCUAGCCACAGUGGCGUUCCUGACUCUGGCUGCUAUAGUCCUUGGUGUCACCAGGAAGUGUCACAGCACCUCCCGUGUUGUAUCCCUUUCACAGUAAAAG